ACGGUCGUUAUUAUCUAUCCAGGGUGCGGGGCGGUUUUUACGUGGGCCUGUGGUUGAAUAAAGUAAAUCUUUAAGUUAAUAUUCGAGUCACGGAGCCUAAUAUUGUUAGAAUAUUAAUACUCAGUGAAUAUUCCGAUUCAUAGACGAAAUAUGUUUGUCUUCUUCGUAAAGAUAUUCUUUGUAACGGAUGCCAAAAGACCAAAUUAGAAGCCCUAAAGUUAGCUAGAAAAGUUACGGAGAUUGUAGCCACUUGGACCAGGAAGCAUUCCACUUUACGAGAUGGAACACAGUGGAAGGCCUUCUACAGCUCAGAUUGUGCUGCUAGCCACCAGCUCAGCUUUAACUGCAGUCUUCUACUCCAUGUACAGAAGGAAGGCAGGAACAGCCUGCAGGUUAAAGGAAGCCAAAAAAAUUUCCAUAGAUCAAGACCUCAAGAAAAUCCUCAUUGAUGCACCAGGAAAAUGUAUUCCAUAUGCAGUAAUCGAAGGUGUGGUAAAAUCGGUCAAGGAAACCUUAAGCAGCCAGUUUGUGGACAACUGUAAGGGAGUGGUUGAGAGGUUGACCCUUCGGGAACACAAGAUGGUCUGGAACCGCACGACUCAUCUCUGGAAUGACUGUGAAAAGAUUGUCCAUCAACGCACUAAUACAGUGCCCUUUGACCUUGUAUCCCACGACGACAGUGUUAGUACUGCUGUUCGGGUCAUCAGACCCCUGGAUUCUGCUGAACUGGACCUGGAAGUGGUCUAUGAAAACUUCCACCCCACAGUGCAGUCCUUCACUGACGCCAUUGGCCACCUCAUCAGCGGAGAGCGGCCAAAAGGCAUCAGAGAAACUGAGGAAAUGUUGAAAGUCGGGGAGAGUGUCACAGGAGUGGGAGAGCUGGUGUUGGACAGCAACCUCGUCAAACUGCAACCUCCCAAGCAGGGGAUGCAGUACUUCAUCAGCCGAUUGGACUACGAGUCCCUGCUGACAAAACAGCAAUCCAGAGUCAAGCUCUGGAAAGUCUUGACCAUCGUUUUUGGGAUAGCCACAUGUGCAACGGUCUUCUUUAUCCUGAGGAAACAGUAUAUCCACUUCAAGGAGCGGCAGAAGCUGAAAAGCAUCCGGGAGGAAUUUAGGGAGAUGCAGACAAAGCGCCUGCGAGAGAUGGACUUAGAAGAAGAGUCCAUUUCUCCAAACGCCUGCAUCAUUUGUCUCAGCUCUGAGCGCUCCUGUGUAUUCUUGGAGUGUGGCCAUGUUUGCUCUUGUGAUGACUGCUACCAUGCGUUGCCUCAACCAAAAAAGUGUCCCAUGUGCAGAAAAGCCAUUUCAAGAGUUGUGCCAUUAUACAACAGUUAGAACAUUAUUUUACCCAAAAUAUUCAAUUUCUUACCAAUUGGCAAAGGGACGCACGUGCUGAGUGUUAUUAACAUGGUUCUCAGAAACAUUGGGUGUCUCUAUGGAUGCCAAAAGAAACAUUACAGUCAAGUUUCCCAUUUUAAAUAGUUUAUAUAUCCAAUACUGUUGCUUUCAAGAAGUCAACUUGUAUUCAGUGCGCCAGGUUUCAAAACCUGCUGUCUGCUGUGGGAGACAUGCCAUCUUCACAAGUGAUAAUUUAUCUAGCCGAAUUUGAUAUAAUGGGUGUGAAGGAAAAUUACUGACACAUCACUAAAACACUCCGAGGUAAAAUGUGAUCACAGUAAGUUGUAUUUGUGGAAAUCUGAAAUUUUCCCAUUUAGAGAACUCUUUUUAGAGUUCUGAACAUCCUCCUUAACCUGCCAUUUAACAUUUUAAGGAAAAUUGAAAAUUGUGAAAGGUGGUACAUAUUUUUUGUGGUAGUUCAAAUGUACUUUUUUCAUUACUUAUCAUUGAUAAUGGGAUGUGUUUUCUGAGAAUGUGUACCACCUCUUCACUGCAGUUAUUUUAGACUCAUUUACUGAUGGGUUACAUAAGUUGGUUUAUCCACAUGUAUAGUCCUAGACACUAUAUUAAUAUUACAUUAUGGUGGAACUUUUUCGUGGUAAUGUAGCAUUCACUAAUGGCCGUAAUUACCGGUCAUGUUUACGAUAAAGAAGUUUAGAAAUUGAAAAAAGGAAUAUCAGCAGUACAGAUAAUCAACUUUCUGUAGUACAUUAUCUGUGAAAAUAUUGAGUAAGUAUAAGAUAAAUAGAAUUGGAUCUUAUUUAGCAGGUUUCUAUGUUAUCUGGGAGUUAAAUGUGUUUAGUCAGGGCACAAUACUCUGUUGUCCCUUUAACGAUACAUGUGUCUUUGUGGCAUUUAUUAUUUAAACUUAUAUUAUCUUAUUUCACGUGAAGACAAAUCACUUUUCUGUCUGAUCUUUAUACAUUACCUCCCCUCAGCAUUUUGAAUUCUUUCAUUUUUGGGUUAUCGAAGACUAAGUUGAUAAUGUGUUGAAUCACUAAGAUAUUCUGUCAAAUAUUUCUUGUGAUAAAUAUUUCUUUUCUCUGCAACUGUUAUUUUUUUGUUAAUGGGGAUGGAAAAAGAUUGCGUAUUUAAUAGGUUUCAAGGUUUGAUUAGAACUUUGAAAACUGAAUGGUUAUGAAAACUCAAAAUAAUAUUCAGCUUGGAAUCUACACUUGUACAUUUUAAACGUUGUACCAAAUAUACAUAAUAAAAUAUUGUAUUUUUAUUGGUCAAA